AUCAACUUUGUGGAAGUGUCAGUCACGAUUCACGAACAUAAAGAAUAGAAUAGAAUACACUUUUUAUCUUCGACUUCACUGCGAAGAUUGAAGUAAAGUAAAGUAAAUCUCCAUAUUCGUCAACUGCUUUUGGGAGAUAGCAGGCAGUUUUAGUGGUUUAGGUAUAACAGGCGGCGGAGCAGAGCUCCAGCUGCAGCAGUGCGUGCAAGGUUUCUUAAAUUCUCAGCAGAAGAAGAAGCAGUAGUGUUGCGUAGUUGAUCUGUAUGGAGGAGUAUAUUAAGGAGAAUUACGGGGAAGUGAAGGCGAAGAACUCAUCGGAGGAAGCUUUGGAGCGAUGGAGGAAGCUCUGCUGGCUCGUCAAGAAUCGCAAGCGGAGGUUUCGAUUCACCGCUAAUCUGUCCAAGCGCUUCGAAGCUCGUGCUAUUCAGCGCUCCAAUCAGGAGAAACUAAGAAUUGCUGUUCUGGUUUCACAAGCUGCACUUAGCUUUAUUCAAGGUGCAAGUUACUCUGUCCCUGAGGACGUCAAGGCUGCCGGCUUUCAGAUAUGUGGUGAUGAGUUAGGUUCUAUUGUUGAGGGUCAUAAUUUGAAGAAGCUGAAAGUUCAUGGUGGGGUUGACGGCCUUGCGGACAAGCUCUCGACAUCAGUUGCAAAUGGGAUUUCUACUUCUGAGGAUUCUCUUAGCAGAAGAAAAGAUAUAUAUGGAAUUAAUAGGUUUACUGAGAGCCCAGCCAGGGGAUUUUGGAUAUUCGUAUGGGAAGCCCUUCAAGAUACGACACUGAUGAUACUUGCUGUAUGUGCUUUUGUGUCUUUAGUGGUUGGUAUAUUGACUGAAGGAUGGCCAAAGGGUGCUCAUGAUGGACUUGGGAUUGUUGCUAGUAUCCUGCUUGUGGUAUUUGUCACUGCUACGAGUGAUUAUAAACAGUCUUUACAGUUUAAGGAUUUAGAUAAAGAGAAAAAGAAGAUCACAGUUCAAGUUACUAGAAAUGGCUUGAGGCAAAAAAUUUCAAUUUAUGAUUUACUUCCUGGUGAUAUUGUUCAUCUUGCCAUUGGGGAUCAAGUCCCAGCUGAUGGACUCUUUGUUUCAGGGUUUUCCUUGUUGAUAGAUGAAUCAAGCUUAACUGGAGAGAGUGAACCAGUUAAUGUGACAACUGAAAAUCCUUUUCUCCUUUCCGGAACCAAAGUCAGGGAUGGAUCUUGCAAAAUGCUUGUUACUACUGUCGGGAUGAGAACCCAAUGGGGUAAAUUGAUGGCUACUCUUAGUGAAGGAGGAGACGAUGAGACCCCAUUGCAGGUUAAACUGAAUGGAGUUGCAACUAUUAUUGGCAAGAUUGGUCUCUUCUUUGCUGUUAUUACAUUUGCUGUUUUGGUGCAAGGUUUAUAUAUCCGCAAGUUGAGAGAAGGCUCCCACUGGAGCUGGUCUGGAGAUGAUGCUCUGGAAAUGCUGGAAUAUUUUGCUAUUGCAGUUACAAUUGUUGUAGUGGCUGUUCCUGAAGGGCUUCCUUUGGCUGUGACUUUGAGUCUUGCAUUUGCUAUGAAGAAGAUGAUGAAUGAUAAAGCACUUGUCCGCCAUUUGGCAGCGUGUGAGACAAUGGGAUCUGCCACUACUAUAUGUAGUGACAAGACAGGGACACUAACUACUAAUCACAUGACCGUUGUAAAAGCUUGCAUGUGUGGGAAGAUUAAAGAUAGUUCAGUGGACGUUCGUACAUUUGGCUCUGAGGUUCCCGAUUCUGCAAUGAACAUACUAUUGGAGUCCAUAUUUAACAACACUGGAGGUGAAAUAGUUAAAAGUAAAGAUGAAAAAAUUGAAAUCUUGGGAACACCCACCGAAACUGCUCUAUUGGAAUUUGGGCUUUUGCUUGGAGGAGAUUUCCAGGCAGUGCGCCGAGCAUCAGAAAUCAUAAAAGUUGAACCAUUUAAUUCUAUCAAGAAACGAAUGGGUGUAGUUGUAAGACAUCCUAAUGGAGGCUUGCGUGCACAUUGUAAAGGUGCAUCUGAAAUAAUUUUGGCAGCAUGUGACAGCACCUUAGGCCCUAACGGUGAGGUUAUUCCUUUAGAUGCAGCAUCAGUUGACCAUCUGAAAUGCUCAAUUGAAAAAUUUGCAUGUGAAGCUCUUCGAACUAUUUGCCUUGCUUAUAAGGACGUAGGAAGUGACUUCUCUGUUGAUAACGCUAUUCCCUUUGAGGGAUAUACUUGUAUAGGAAUCGUAGGUAUUAAAGAUCCUGUGCGUCCUGGUGUCAAGGAGUCUGUUGCAAUUUGUAGGUCGGCUGGGAUUACUGUGAGGAUGGUCACAGGAGACAAUAUAAACACUGCCAAAGCGAUUGCUAGAGAAUGUGGCAUCUUGACUGAUAGUGGAAUUGCAAUUGAAGGCCCAGAAUUCCGAGCAAAGAGUGAGGAGGAAUUGGCUGAAAUUAUUCCAAGACUGCAGGUCAUGGCUCGUUCUUCACCAAUGGAUAAGCACACACUAGCAAAACAUUUGCGUACUACAUUUCAAGAUGUGGUUGCAGUGACUGGAGAUGGUACAAAUGACGCUCCUGCACUCCAUGAAGCAGAUAUUGGACUCGCUAUGGGCAUUGCUGGAACUGAGGUGGCUAAAGAGAGUGCUGAUGUCAUAAUUCUAGAUGAUAACUUCUCAACAAUUGUUACUGUGGCCAAGUGGGGACGCUCUGUAUAUGUGAAUAUCCAAAAAUUUGUCCAGUUUCAGCUGACAGUUAAUGUGGUUGCCCUAAUUGUCAACUUUUCUUCAGCCUGUUUGACGGGUGUUGCUCCCCUCACUGCUGUUCAGCUUCUAUGGGUCAACAUGAUCAUGGAUACACUCGGUGCACUCGCUCUGGCUACUGAACCUCCUACUGAUGACUUGAUGAAGUGCCCACCUGUUGGAAGAAAAGGGAACUUCAUCAGCAAUGUAAUGUGGAGGAAUAUUUUCGGACAAUCAUUAUAUCAGUUUGUUAUCAUAUGGUAUCUUCAAGGUUCGGGAAAAGCAGCCUUUCAUCUUGAUGGCCCCGAUUCUGAUUUGGUUCUCAACACGCUCAUUUUCAAUGUAUUUGUCUUCUGCCAGGUUUUCAAUGAGAUCAGCUCGAGGGAUAUGGAGAAGAUCAACGUGUUCCAUGGCAUACUAAACAACUAUGUAUUUGUUGCCGUUAUUAGUUGCACGGUCCUAUUCCAAAUCAUCAUCGUUGAAUUCCUGGGCACUUUCGCAAACACCACUCCUCUUACCUGGCAACAAUGGUUUGCAACUGUUGCCAUCGGAUUCCUAGGCAUGCCUGUUGCUGCUGCAAUUAAGAUGAUCCCUGUAGGAUCCCUCUGAAUUCCUGGUGAAGAUAUAAUGACUUGAAAUAGAACCAUGAAAAAGACCUUUGAUAUGUCAAGUUCAGGUUUUGGUGGAACUAGUUGCAGCGACCCGAGACUGUAAGAUAGUAUUAAGGUUGAACAUCCCCUGAUACAGUUGCUGGAAAAGGUGGUCUGUUUUGGCAGUUAAUCCUAAAGAACAUGGAAUCGGGCUUUUGAAGCUAUCAGAACAGUGGGAAUUCAUUGUUGAAUACCUUGAAAUUCAAGGUAUUAAGAUUGUUUUGCAGCAUUCUUGUCAUUGAAUUUUGUGAUGGGCAAAAUUCUGCAGAAAUCAUGAUCUGAUUCUCUGCAAAACUCUUUAAUUAGCGAUUUUGUUUGUCCUUUGUAUACCAUAUAAUUCUUUUAUCAUGCUUUAGUCC